GCACAGACCUCUCUAGCUAGCUACCUUCUAGCUGCAUUUCAUCUGCUCGCUCCGGUCCUGUGGUUGAUCUGAACUGUCACAGCAAUGCAAGCCAUCAUCAGUAGCAAGGAGGCGACAGCAGCAUCCAUGGCCAAGUGCAUUGCCACCAUGCUCGCCGUCGCGGCCAUGCUCACGUCGGUGCAGCCAUCGGUGGCGGCGAGCAACCCGGCAGACGCCGACGCGCUCCGGUUCCCGGGCCGCCCGGGCAGCAGGCCGCGUAACCCCGUGUUCCCGGGGUACCCGAGACCGAGGCCGUCGCCGCCGGUGUCCAGCGGCUCGUCCUCCCCGGUGGUGCCGUCACCCAUGCCCGGCCUGCCGUCGUCGUCGGGUCCAGUGUCACCGGCGCCCUGCGCCAGGCCUGGCGCGGUGGUGCCGCAGCUGCCGGGCUUCCCCGGCCUGCCGGCGGGCAGCGUGGGCGGCGGCUCCACGCCGUCGUCGCCGACCGACUGCGUGACCCCGCUCGCGGGGCUGAUGACGUGCGGGACGUUCCUGACGGGGAGCGAGCCGGAGACCCCCACGCCGCAGAGCGAGUGCUGCGCGGGUCUCGGGGCGUUCCUCAACAGCUCCAGCUCGGCGGCGGAAGGCGACGACCGCAUCCUUCGGUGCCUGUGCCCCGUCAUCCUCGGGGACGUGAACAAGAUGCUGCCCAAGCCGGUGGACCCCGUGCGCAUGAUGUACCUGCCCAUCGCCUGCGGCGUCGUGCUGCCGCCACAGGUCCUCUACAUCUGCUUCACUGGGCAGCAAACCGCGCCGCUCGUCGGCCGCAUUCCUGACGUCUGGGAGAAGCCGACUUCAGCAGCCUUGUCGCCCUGAUGAGCAACUUGAAUCUGAAUGGAGGCCGGCCACGAAUGAUCCGAUCCAAUCAGCAUCGUCAUUUAUAGUUCAUAUAAGCACACAAGAUCAAAUUUAUUAGCAGCUGCGUGCCUCUCUACAACAUGCAUGCUUCCAUAUAUAUAGUUGACUUGAUACGUAUAUAAAUAGUUCCUAUAUAAAUUUGAAUAUAUGACAGUUUCAAGUUAUCAGAAAUUAGUAGCCCGAGAAAUUGACCAUCAGGUCUCAUGUAAGAGCAUGCUCUUUUACACGAAAGAAUUAAUAUAUAAUGU